UAUAGAAUUAAUUAGGGUUUAAAUUAAAAAAUUAAGGUUAAUGACUAAUGACAAUUAACGUCGUGGGUCAUUAAGGGUAUUUGAGAGUACCACGUGAAUUAUUAUUUAAACUUCGGAAUACUGUAUAUUCUGAAAAAUUAAAGGGUAUCACGUGAAUUUUUUGAAAAAUUAAAGGGUAUCACGUGAAUUUUUUGAAAAUUCAGAAUAUUUGGUGAAAAAUCCGUAAAAAAAUAUAAAAAAAAUCAACCCUUAACCAAAAAAACUAUAUAAUAUUGAUUUUUUCCAACUAAUCCGAAAAGACGUUUUAGGUUUACCUCCUCGCCCUAAAGCCUUCAUAGCUUUUUCUCUCCUUGUUAAACAAAAAAACCCCUCGCUCAAAAAGACAAAAACCCACUGCCUGCCUCUUGGCGGGUAUUCUGUUACAUACACCAGAUUCUGACACAGUGACACUCCACUUCCUCCUUCUCUCCCCUCUCUCUCUCCCCCCUCUCUCUCUUUUCCGCCAUUAAACUUCCAUUAAAGCUCCUCCAUAGCUGAUUUUCUCUCUCCUUCUCUCUAAACUAAAGUAAAACUUAAAAUUCAGCGACAAUGUUCUACUCACAUCAGCUGCUUGCUCGAAAAGCUCCUCUAGGUCAAAUAUGGAUGGCAGCUACGAUGCACGCCAAGAUGAAUCGGAGAAAACUCGAUCAGAUCGACAUUAUCAGAAUUUGUGAAGAAAUCUUAAAUCCUUCAGUUCCAAUGGCGCUCAGACUCUCUGGAAUUUUAAUGGGUGGUGUGGUAAUCGUUUAUGAACGCAAAGUUAGACUCCUUUAUGAUGAUGUAAAUCGUCUACUGGUUGAAAUCAACUCAGCAUGGAAGGUGAAGCCUGCUGUGGACCCCACAGUUCUUCCCAAAGGCAAAAAUCAAGCCAAGUUUGAAGCUGUGACAUUGCCUGAGAACAAUGCAGAUGUUGGUGAUGUUGAGCAGUCUAUUGACUACUCUAACAAGUUUACUGGUAGUGCAACAUUUCAGCAAUCGGCUUUCUUUGCCAUGAGACUGGAUACUAUUGAUGAGCUUACAGAGAGCUUCAGAGAAAAAGAACCAGAUGCUGGACACCAUCAAGCGGAACCUGCUAAUAUUACCUUAGAUGAGCCAUUUCAUUCAUUUCGAGUUGACACAGGUCUCUACAAUCGCUUUGAAAGAUUUGAUAUUGAAGGAGAUGAAGAAACACAGAAUAACUUCCCUUCUCAAGGGUACACAGAAAUCCCACCUGCUAAUGUACACUCUCCGCCUCCAGAAAUGGAGCAGCCACAGAAAGAUGGUAAUAUCAGAAAUCUUUCUUCAGCAGAUGAUACUUUUGAUCGACAUCCAGUGAGACAGGCUGAUCAAUCUUCUCCUCAACUCAGGGAGGCUGGACAACAACCCCAGCGACAUUUACAGAAGCGAAAACCAGCAAGAAAGAAAUCAAGGGAAGCUCCUUGUAUAAUGGAUAAUGAACAAACCAUGAUUCCGAGUAACUUGUACCAAACUUGGCUCCAAGAUUCAGUUGAUAUACGGGUCAAGAGGCCCAAAAUUACAGAGCAUGCCAAAGCAAAAUCAGCUGUGAAAUUAGCCAAAUUAGUAGACCUGCCACCAGUAGCACUAUCUUGUGGGUUAUUCGGAAGAAACCAUGAAGUCUAUUAUCCAAAACCGCUUCUAAAUCUGUGGAUAACAAGUAUGCAGCCUUUGCAAGAUUCACCUUCUGGUUCUGGAAGGACUAAUUCUCCCCAUCCACCAGAACCAUCAUCAUCCUCACCUCCUCAUGGACAAUAUUAUCAAGAUCCACCAGAAAUGCCAAUGGGGGAUGUUGGCAAUAGAGUCAAAUCUAAUAGAAUAGCCUCACAAGAAAAACUACGAAGCAACGUGGCCACAGGAACUGAGAUACCUAUCAAUGAGUUCAACCUCAUGUUCAAUGGUGUGGCCACAUCUAAUCCAAAUGCUGCAGCAGCUAACUCUGGAACCUCUGUUAAAUCAUUCUCGGUUCCCAGCCCAGGUCCUGGACUUGACUUCUUGUCAAACACUUCAGACAGCUAUUCAGAGCGGUUAAGAAAGAAAAGGCCCUCUUCAACCAAAUUCAACAGUGCUGGCCUUGAGUCACUAGAUGAAGAGAACCAGUGGAUACAUGAAGCAGCAGAACACAAUCUUCCUGGUUUUGGUGAGCCAGCUCAACCAAGCUUCAAGAUACCCAGACAUUCUCGGCAUGGUCCAACCCCUGAUCAUGAACUGCUGAUAGAAACGGGAACUACUCAAACUCAGCGCGCUGCAAUUGAUGAGGAAGCUGAGAGGAUGGCCAGUAACAUCACAACGCAUCUAAAGACAUACUUCGAGACCCCAGGAGCACCUCAGACAGAAUCAUUAAACCAGCUAGCUUUUGGAAUGAACAGGAAACAAGCUGCUCAGCUUUUCUACCAGACUUGUGUUCUAGUUACGCGAGAUGUCCUCAGAGUGCAGCAAACGUUAGCAUAUGGAGACAUUACCAUAUCUAGAGGAGCAAAGAUGUGAAAAGGUUUGCCAUAGAGAUAUUACAUUCACUGACAUUCUAAAGUAUGCAACUUAGGGAAGUUCAAUUAUAUAGGAGAUAAGGGUUAUUAUAUUCCUUAAUAUAUCGCUACUCCAUCAAACACAUACUAAACUGUUUGGUCUAAAUUCAUAUUUGAGGGGAUGUACAUGUUUAUUGAAACAGUUGUCAAGAAUGCAGCCUAUAUAUUAUAUAUAGUGGCAAUGAAUAUAUAUAUACCUUCUAGUUUCUUCAA